GUACGGAAUUUCAUAUGAAAGUGAACUAAACAUCAAAUCGAGUUUUGGCAAUUAGUUUGAUCUGAAUUGCGUGUGCAAAUAAAAAGCAAACAUUUUGUGUGACCAACAAAAUAAACUUUGCCAAAAAUGCUCCGUAAACUGAAUACCUUAAAACAAUUUGGAAACUUGAACUUUACAGCAUGUGCCGCAUAUCAUUCAACAAGGAAAAUACCAGAUUUGACCAGAGAUAGAUAUUCGGUGAAGCGUGGCGACUAUGGUACACUUACAAAUGACGACAUAAAAUACUUUGAAUCGAUUUUAUCAAAUCGAUGUAUUACCGACAAAAACGACAUCGAAAUGCAUAAUAUUGAUUUUUAUUAUUCAUAUCGAGGCAGCAGUCAAUUGUUGCUUAAACCAAAAACAACCGAAGAAGUUUCGGCGAUAUUGAAACAUUGUAAUUCGCGAAAAUUGGCCGUUUGCCCGCAAGGUGGAAAUACUGGUUUGGUAGCCGGUACAACGCCAAUUUUCGAUGAAAUAAUCAUAUCGAUGCAGCUAAUGAAUAACAUUGAGCGCGUGGAUGAAGCUUCGGGUGUGUUGGUAUGUCAGCCAGGAUGCGUUUUGGAAAAAUUGGAAGAGCAUGUAUCACAGCAUAACCUUGUGAUGCCGAUUGACUUGGGUGCAAAAGGUACUUGUCACAUUGGUGGUAAUGUUUCAACAAAUGCCGGUGGAUUGAGACUUUUGAGAUACGGAAAUUUGCAUGGAAAUGUGUUGGGAAUCGAGGCUGUCAAAGCGGACGGAACUAUUUUAGAUUUGAUGUCAAACUUUAAAAAAGACAAUACUGGUUAUCAUUUGAAACAUUUAUUCAUUGGAUCGGAAGGUACACUCGGUGUGAUUACGAAAUUGGCCAUCGCUUGUCCACCCGCAUCCAAAGCGGUGAAUGUCGCACUUGUCGGUUUAAACUCAUUCGAAGAUGUACUUAAAACUUUUACGAGUGCCAAACGGAACUUGGGCGAAAUUAUGUCAGCAUGCGAACUAAUGGACCAUCAAUCGCUUCGUUUUAGCGUCGACCACUAUAAAUUGAAUUCGCCCAUUGGUGAGUAUCCAUUUUACUUGUUACUCGAAACAUCUGGCAGUAAUCUAAAGCACGACGAGGAAAAAAUGAAUAGUUUUCUGGAAUCAUCAUUGGCACGCGGUGAUAUUCAGGAUGGUGUGGUUACCAAUGAAACUGUCAAAGUGCGGCAAAUUUGGGCGAUUCGUGAACUUCUUCCGACAGCCAAAAUAAAUGAAAAAUACUUUUUCAAGUACGACAUUUCAGUGCCCCUUUCACGUUUCUAUGAGAUAGUUCCGGUGAUGAGAGAACAUCUCGGCGAUUCAGUCUGUGAUGUUCAAGGUUUUGGGCAUAUCGGUGAUUCAAAUCUCCAUGUGCAUAUCAUUUGCGAUGAAUUCAGUGACGAAAUUUACAAACGCAUCGAACCGUUUAUAUAUGAAUAUACGGCAAAAAUGAAGGGAAGCAUCAGUGCUGAGCAUGGAAUUGGAUUUCAGAAAAAAGAACUCUUAAAAACAUUCAAACAACCGGAAGCAUUGCAUUUAAUGAAGGAAUUAAAAUCAGUAAUGGAUCCAAAUCACAUUUUAAAUCCAUAUAAAGUUUUAUGUGAUUAAAAGAUAUUUGUAUUUUUGCACAAAAAAAAACUC